CUCACGAUGACGUCACUGACGUGCCUGGCGGGUCUCGUCCUGCUCAUGACGGUCGGCUCCAGCGCCACCGUCCGGAACUAUUUCAUCGCUGCCAGAGACGUGAUCUGGGACUACGCCCCGGGUGGCAAGAACCUUAUAGACCCCAACGAUCAGGCUACCGCGGACAGAUACCUACGGAGCGGCCGUGACCGUAUCGGCCGUUUGUACCACAAGACGAUCUACUACGAGUACACGGACAACACGUACACCACAGAGGUCAUCAAGCCGCCGUACCAAGGGCUGCUGGGUCCCACCAUCCGGGCUGAGGUGGGCGACAUCAUCAACCUCCACUUCUACAACAACGCUUCCAGGAACUUCUCCACCCAUCCCCACGGCUUGUUCUACUUAAAGGGGAGUGAAGGAGCUUUGUACCUGGAUGAAACCAGUGGCAUUUUGAAAGCAGACGACCACGUCAUGCCUGGUCAGCGCAUCCUCCAAAAGUGGGUCAUCACUGAAAACGACGCCCCGACCCCCGAGGACCCCAACUGUAUCCCCUUCGUGUACCACUCCCACAUUUUCUCCAAGAACGACAUCCCUACUGGUCUAUUUGGUGUUAUCGCUGUCUGCAAGAAAGGCGUGCUGGACAGCUCCAACCGUCGAACUGACGUGGACAUCGACAUCCCUCUUGUCGUCAUGAACUGGGACGAGAACCUCAGCAACUACAUCCUGGAGAACAUUGACCUCUACUGCGGCGACCCUGACCUCUGCCGUUACCUUCUGAAGGUCAACGACCCAGAUUUUAUUGAGAGUAAUUUGAUGAAGUCAAUAAACGGCCGGGGAUUUGGUACCUUGAACGGACUAGAUUUUUGUGUUGGGGACAAAAUAGCUUUUUACGUCGUUGGGUUCGGUAACGAGAAGGACGUCCACUCAAUGUAUUUCCAUGGUCAGAACCUCAAGUUUGAGGGCAAGAGGGGCGACACCGUCUCUGUGUACAGCGCCACCUUUGUAGCCGCUGAGACAACCCCGACCAACCCAGGAAAAUGGUUGCUGGUCGACUUUGUGGACGACCACCAAAAAGAGGGCAUUGCUGCCUUCUACAACGUGAAGAACUGCCCCAACAAAAACUACAAGAGCUACCCCAGCUACACAGGUAAAACCAGGGAAUUUUUCCUGCAGACCGAAGAAAAAGUCUGGAACUACGGACCGACAGGUUAUGAUACCAGAACAGGCUUACCUCUGCUUGACAGGUCAAGUUCCUCCUUCAUGUUCUUUGUCCGUAACGCCACCCGCUUUGGUGGGGUGUACAAGAAGGCCCAGUUCGUCCAGUACACUGACUCCUACUUCAAGACCAGAGUCACACGCUCAGCCAAGGAGUCAUACCUGGGCGUCAUGGGGCCAGUCCUCAGGGUGGAGGUCGGGGACAGGCUGGUCGUCACCUUGAAAAAUUACAUCCCCUACCCGGUUUCGUUCCUGCCUCACGGCAUGAGAUAUGACAUCUCCGAGGAAUCAAAGGACGGCCCAGGUGUACCAGGUGGUAAAGUCGGCUACAACCAGGUCCACACCUACACCUUCGACGUGCCCUCCAACCUGCUGGAAGGUUACAAACAGUCCUGUAUCAGCUUCCUGUACACCUCAUCUCAUGACGUCAUCAGUGACCACAACACCGGCCUAGUUGGACCACUCCUGGUGUGCCAGAAAGGUUACCUGGACAAACAGUACAAGUCAUCGGAGUACUUUGUUCUUCUUGCCACCUUUGAUGAAAACAAAUCCCUGUACAAACUGCCCAGACCUGACCCCUAUGACAAGAUCGCCUAUAUGUUGUCUAACAUGCGAGCCACUGUCAACGGCUACUCCUACGGCAACAUGCCAGAGGUCAAAGUGUGUGUCGGCGAUGACGUCAAUUGGUACGUCAUGAACCUCGGAUCCUUCCUUGACGUCAACACCAUCGUCUUCGACGGCAACACUUUUGAGGAGGAGGGAACAAACAGAGAUUCUAAAGGUCUCAUUCCAGGAGCUACUGCUUCACUCUACAUGAAGCCCGACAACCCAGGUAGAUGGAUGUUGUACUCCCAGUCAACAACCGCACGAGACAACGGCAUGUACGCCUUCUACACCGUGUCAGACUGCAACGGAAAACUGGCCAAAUAUCCGGCUCCGUACGGAAAAGUCCGGGAGUACUACAUCGCCGCUGAGGAAGUGUACUGGGAUUUCGCCCCCCUGACCAGAAGUCCGAUAGAUGGCGCUGACCUUAAUGACCCCAGCACCGAGGGUCACAUCUUCGUCUUCCACAACAACUACUUCAUCGGUCACGUGUACAAAAAGGCCGUGUUCAGAGAGUACACGGACAAGACGUUCAAGGUCAAGAAACCUGGCAAGUUCGACAUCCUCGGACCCGCCCUGAAGGCCGAGGUCGGUGACGUCAUCAAGAUCACCUUCUACAACAAGGCCAGCAGACGAUACUCUAUCCACAGCCACGGUGUCAUGACCAGCGAACAAGGAAACGGCGGUGACUACGGCUCCUCCGUGAGUGCCGGCCCAGGUGAGACCGUCACCUACACCUGGAUGAUCCCAGCGAGGUCAGGUCCCGGCCCCAACGACCCCAACUGUAUCCCGUGGGUCUAUUACUCCGGCGUGGACACCGUCAGGGACGCUAACUCUGGUCUGGUAGGAUCACUCGUUGUUUGCAGGUCUGGUAUCCUAGACCAGUACUCCGUGAGAAAGGACGUCAACACUGAGCUGUACGUCUACAUGUCUAUCAUCAAUGAGAACCUCAGUUGGUACCUGGAUGAGAACGUUCGUCUGUACGCUCCAGGCAGAGUUGGCACCAACUACCUCGCCGACCCACGGUUUGUUGAGAGUAACCUGAUGCACUCCAUCAACGGUCGUUCAUUCGGGAACACCAACGAUUUGAUCAUAAACUACGGUGACAAGGCUGUGUUUUACAUGAUAUCGCUCGGUGGUGAGGUUGACCUGCACACCAUGCACACCCACGGACACACCUUCAUCCACACCAGUGAGAAACACCGAGAUGACGUGGCCCAAAUCUUCCCCGGCAUGGCCGAGUCUGUCGAGGUCAUCGCCGACAACCCCGGCCAUUGGCUGAUUCACUGUCACGUGAUGGAUCACAUGGCUGCCGGCAUGGAGACCCCGUACACCGUCCUCCCCCCUAAAGGUCAAAGCAUGUACGGCUCAUCUUCAUCUUAUACUUCAAAUUCACUUUAUGGGGCUUCAUACGGGCCAUCAGGUUCUAGCUAUGGCCAAUCUGGUUCUAAUUAUGGCCAAUCUGGUUCUAAUUAUGGCCAGUCUGGUUCUAAUUAUGGCCAAUCUGGUUCUAACUAUGGCCCAUCCGGUUCCAACUAUGGCCAAUCAGCCUCUAUCUAUGCCCAAUCUGGUUCUAAUUAUAGCCAAUCCGGUUCUAAUUAUGGCCAAGCUUCAGCCCCUAGCUAUGCCUCAUCUUCUGGUUCUAGCUAUGGCCCAGCUUCAUCAAACUAUGGCCCAGCUUCAUCAAACUAUGGCCCAGCUUCAGCCCCCAGCUCCGGAGUGUCGUCAUCUUCCAACUACGGCUCCGCUUCCGGCUCCAACCACGAUUCUACUGGCUCUAACUCUGGCUCAGCGCCAACCUAUGGCACCGCAUCAGCAACUGGGUAUGCCACCGCCCCCGCCUCAAAUUCCGGAUCCGUUUCCGGCACCAGCUACACCCCAUCCAGCUCAUCUGCAGCCGCCAACAGCCCAUCCUACGGCUCACCAAGUGGUCCAGCCGCAACUUCAUACGGCUCUUCCGACACCUCCGGAAAAUAUUAA